AUGAAAGUUAUAAAGAAAAGGUUCUUCAAACCCAAGGAAGAAACGUUGCCCUCAGAUGAAGUGCCAGACCCACAAUCAUCUGCAGAACCUUUACAUAGUUUGUUUGUUCCCGAUGAGUCUGAAGAAGAAGAAACAACCACUUCUCCCAAAACCAAUUUUGAAAAAGAUAUAAUUGCAAUAGUUGGAGACAUUUCCCCUAUAAUAAUGAAAUAUUUAUAUGCAAAGUAUUCACAGAAACGUAAUGGAGCUAAGUUUGCUGUUACAGAGUUAUUGACAAACCCUCCUGAUGUUGAAAAGUUGCAACAGGAUUCGAUUGCUUCGCAGUCUGCCAAACGACCACACACAAUCGUAUCAUACCAGGAACCUCCAAAUAAGAAAGUGAAUAUUAACCCAGAUAGUGCAAGUAGUAACAACGAACCGUUGAUGUGGCAAAGGCUCAUUGGUAGUUUGAAUAUACAGGCAAUGGCAACGARACCCGACCAUGAAACCGUUGAAAUACCAGGAAARSYAAAACUUAAACGAAUAACAACCAAAAACUCUACUAUGGCAAAUAGUGCAAUAGUAAGAGUGUAUCACAACGAACGAGAAAUUGGUCGGAUUCCCGAAGAUUGGACCAGGAUUCUUAGUCCUUUAUUUGACUUAAACAUUGCUGUAUUUGAAGCAUCGGUAUUGGAAGAAACAAAGUCUCGGCUAUCAACUGGAGACUCGUUUGUAAUAGAAAUUGAGGUCUACUUGACAAACUCUAGUUUUGCAAAAAAUCUUGAUGCCACUGAGAAUCCGAUUGAUUUGAAGAAAUCCAAUUUUGACUACUCAAAGGAGAGUGAGAGUGAAGCUGCACUAAGACUUCGACAAUUUGCAAUUUCAAACUUGUUUGAUAGGCUUGCAAUCAAACCCCUCAAAGUUAAUGAUGACACAGAAGAUGAAGAAGACAUAUCAAGCCAAGAAAUCAACUCUGGUGACGUAGAGCACCCAGUUCCUGAAAUUAACCUAGACCAGAUGAAAGAAUUUUAUCAAUCGAAUAACCAACUUAAAAUAUUAGAAGGAUUGCCUGAAACUACUACCCCACCAAAAGAAAAUUUUGCCCUUGAUUUAAGAAGUUACCAAAAGCAUGGUUUGUCGUGGAUGCUUGCACGUGAAAAAGAAUUGGAUGUUUUGGAAAUGCUUCUGAAUGAGGAUAAACUAUCUUCACAAUCAAGAAAAGAAUUGGAAAACUUGGGCACCAUGAAUCCACUUUGGAGAAAAUACAAAUGGCCAUAUGCUACAGAAGCAACUCAGGAUCCAACACAAAACCAGACUGAAAAAUACUUUUAUGCCAAUAUGUAUAAUGGCGAAUUGUCGCUUGAAAAACCAGUUAUAAAAUCAAGUUUAAGAGGUGGAAUAUUAGCGGACGAGAUGGGAUUGGGGAAAACAAUUGCCACAUUGGCAUUAGUAAACUCCGUGCCGUACGAUAACUUUCCUGAACCCAAGUCGGACAGGCCAUACGCAUCUCAAACUACAUUAAUAGUUGUUCCGAUGUCGUUGCUUUUUCAGUGGAAGAGUGAGUUUGAGAAAUGCAAUAAUAACAGUCGCCAUGUUUGUCGUCUUCAUUAUGGUGAAGACCAAGAAACAAACCUAGCGUGGUCAUUGUGUAACCCUGACAACUCCAAAAUCCCUAUUGUUAUGAUAACGACGUAUGGUACAGUUUUAAACGAAUUUACAAGAUUAUCCAAACGCCGCAAUUCUAAGGGCGAAUUGCCCAAGGUGGGUUUGUAUUCAGUCAAGUUCUUCCGUAUAAUUUUAGAUGAAGGUCAUAAUAUUAGAAAUAGAAAUACUAAAACGGCCAAAUCUGUUUAUGAAUUACAACUGAGUCGGAAAUGGAUUUUAACGGGGACUCCGAUUGUCAAUAGAUUGGAUGAUUUGUAUUCGCUAACCAAGUUUUUAGAGUUGGACCCAUGGAAUAAUUUUUCAUACUGGAAAACGUUUGUAACCCUACCUUUCGAACAAAAAAAAAUAUCGCAAACGUUGGAUGUGGUAAAGUCUAUUUUGGAGCCAAUAUUUUUGAGACGAACCAAGCUGCAGAAAAAGAAUGGUAAACCAUUGGUUGAACUUCCAGCGAAAGAAGUGGUGAUAGAACAAAUCAAGUUUAAUGACGACGAAGAGAAAUUAUAUCAGUGGUUCAAAGACCGUGCAUAUGCUUCUUUUGCUGAAGGGAUAAAGUCUGGACAGUUGUUGCGUAGAUACACUCAGAUAUUGACUCAUAUUUUACGUUUGAGACAGGUGUGUUGCCAUGUUGAUUUGAUUGGGGGUGCACAUGAAAUGGACGAUGAGAUAAUUGAAGCCGAACAGGAUGAAGAUAUGAGAAAGUUUUUGACAUCAAUUAAAGAAAACCAAAUUCGAUUUGCAAAUGACACUGACGUCAAGGAAAAAAUGUAUAACUUGUACGGAAAAAUCAAAGAAGAAAACGAAUGUUCUAUAUGCACACAAGUACCUAUCCCAUAUAGUGAGAUGGUUGUCACUCCUUGUGCUCAUACAUUCUGUUUAUCGUGUAUCUUGGAGCAUUUGGAUUUCCAGAAAGAGUUGAAAAAGGAGAAACUUUGCCCCAAUUGCAGACUGCCGAUCUCAAAGUACCAAUUAUUCCGAAUCAGAAACCAACCCACCAAGGGAAACGAAAUCAGGUUUCAUAUCCAGAAAGACGCUCCUGAUUAUAGUUUUCAAUUGUAUUUGUACGAUCCUAACCGAUCUUCUUCAAAAAUACAGGCUUUGGUAAGACACUUGAAGGCACUACAUAGCCAAUCGCCCAAUCUGAAAGUCAUUGUGUUUUCGCAAUUUCUGUCGUAUUUGGAUAUUAUCCAAAGCGAGCUAAAACUAGCCAGUGAAGAAUUUAUAGUGUUCAAGUUUGACGGUAGACUUAAUAUGAAUGAUCGUACAAAAUUGUUGGAAUCUUUUAAUCAGCCUUUGGAAGAUGGAAAAGUAGCCAUCUUGCUCUUAUCUUUGAAAGCAGGUGGCGUGGGUUUAAAUUUAACUACAGCAUCAAGGGCAUACAUGAUGGAUCCGUGGUGGUCACCAAGUAUAGAAGACCAAGCAAUUGAUAGAAUUCAUAGAAUUGGCCAAAACGAGACUGUUAAAGUUGUUCGAUUCAUUAUGGAAAACAGUAUUGAAACCAAAAUGUUGAAAAUUCAAGAACGCAAAAAGCAAAUUGGGGAAGCUGUUGCCGCCGAAGAAGAAGAAAGACGAAAACGAAGAAUCGAAGAAAUACAAAUCCUUUUUGAGGAAUAG